GUGGCUCCGGUCGGCCAGACUCACGUGGGGCUGAUGUGUUGCGUUCCGGAUGGAGGGACUCGCGAGAAACUGGAGCAAGUGAUUAUUGAACAUAAACAUCAAUUCUUUCAAUGGAAGACUGUAUGUAACCACCUAGUAAAACAUCAUCAUCAUCCCCAUGGGUUUCUCUGUAGACCUUCAUUGUUAAUGUGGACAAAAACAGCGGAGCGUCUAGAUUCUGGAUCAGAGCUUCAGUAGAGGUGGGCAGUGGUUGGAGGAGAACUUGCGGGGAAUGCUGGGAAGAGACGGCUUUCCCGAUGGAGAAGAGGAGAACUCUUCUCCAGGCUCCAGCAAGUGUUUGGGGCAGACGGACCAAGCUACCAGCGGGCAGGACCCCGGGACCAGCGGAUCAGGGUCCGGGUCCGGUUCAGGUGAGGAGGAGGAAGCCGAGGAGCAGCGAGGAAGGACCAGCAGAGGGGAAAGCUCAGCGGGCUGUGAGGAGAGCGGAGGAGAGCAGACGCACGAGGAUGUGGACAUGAACAGCGGUCACGACUCCAGCAGCGGAAACGACAGUGUCAGGGGCUCACGACAUCAUCGUUCCUCGGCCAGUUGCAGCCCUGGAAGCACCAUAGGAUCAGGAAGCACCAAGAGCUCAAAAUCUGCCACUGGUUCCUCAUCGUCCAGUUUUCACAGCGCUCAUCACACAGAGUGCAGUGAGCAGACGGAGCACGGCCGUGAGCAGACGCACCGAGAGAUGAUGCAGACGGUGCAGGAGAUGAAGAAACGGCUGCCGUCGGAGAAGAGAAGCCGCAGUAAAGCCAGUACGGUGGAGGCACUGAACCACGCACUGAACUGUGUCAAACAAGUACAAGCAAACAGCGAGUACUACAACGUACUAAUGAGCAGCGGACUGGAGAAGAGACGAAAAGCUACUGUGUGCUCGCUGGAGGAGCUGGAGGGAAUCGCUUCAGAACACACGCUGAAAAACACUGACACGUUUGUUGUGGUCUUCUCUCUGGCCUCCGGGAAGGUGGUUUACGCGUCUGAACAGGCCUCCAGCGUGCUUCACUGCAAGAGGAAGUUUCUGGAAUCUGCCAAGUUCGUGGAGCUGCUGUACCAUCAGGACGUCAAUGUGUUUUACUCGCACACGGCGCAGCCGCGACUGCCGCCCUGGAACGUGGGCACAGACAGCGCGGCGGUUCUGUAUAAAUGUGCCCAGGUCAAGUCCUUCUUCUGUCGAAUCAGAGGAGGGAAAGAUAGAGAUGGAGAAAUGCGUUAUAGUCCGUUCCGGAUCACUCCGUACCUGCUGAAGGUUCAGGGAUCGAGAGCAGAGGAGGAGCCGUGCUGUCUGGCCCUGGCCGAACGCAUCAUCUCAGGAUAUGAGGCCCCUCGCAUUCCCAUGGACAAGCGCAUUUUCAGCACGACUCACUCACCAGGCUGUGUCUUUUUAGAAGUGGAUGACCGUGCGGUGCCUUUGCUCGGCUACCUCCCUCAGGAUCUGAUCGGUACCUCAGUUCUGACCUGCCUGCAUCCAGACGACCGCCUGCUCAUGCUGUCCAUGCACCGCAAAAUUCUGAAGUACGCGGGCCAGCCUCCGUUUGAACACUCACCCAUCCGGUUCCAGUGUCAGAACGGCGACUACGUCACCCUGGACUCCAGCUGGUCCAGCUUCAUCAACCCCUGGAGCCGUAAGGUGGCCUUCAUCAUCGGAAGGCACAAAGUUCGCACUGGACCUCUGAAUGAGGACGUUUUUGCUGCACGGAGUACAGCUGAGCAGUCAGUCAUGUGUGAGGACGUUAAAGAGCUGCAAGCCAUGAUCUACAAGCUCUUCUUACAGCCUGUUCAUAAUAAUGGAUCCAGUGGCUAUGGCAGUCUGGGUAGUAACGGCUCUCACGAGCACUACAUCAGUGUGGCGUUGUCCAGUGACAGUAACGGAAACUUCUGGGAGGAUUCGCACAGAGAACCAAUGACAUUGCAGCAGUUUUGUGCUGAUGUCAAUAAAGUGAAGAACUGGGGCCAGCAGGCGUAUCUGGACUCCCGGAGGAAGCUCACACCUUUAGGACCAGCCACUGCAGUGGCGGCAGCAGGCGUUUAUCCUAAUACCAGUCAGGGUUUGGGAAUUAGAGAUCAUCUAAAGCAGUCUCUACGAGAAGCCCGGAAACAACCACACAUCCCAUCCUACCAGCAGAUCAACUGUGUGGACAGCAUCAUCAGAUAUCUGGAGAGCUGUGCGACGUCUGCUCUGAAACGAAAGAGCGACUCUUUGUCCAUAGCUACGUCAUCUUCAUCCUCCAUGUCUGAGGAAGACAAACCCACAGCGGCCGCACAUGAAGACGCUGUGAACACAGACGAAGCUGCGCUAGAGGGCGCUGGUGCUCUGGACAACCAGGUGUCUGCGGGUUCGGCCACGACGGCAGCGGUGGUGGGAGCGCCGCUCACAGACAUUACAAUCUCCACAGAAGCCAUGAGCGUGGUGUCCGUCACCAGUCAGUGCAGUUACAGCAGCACCAUAGUGCACGUGCCGCAGCCCGAGUCAGAGGUCACAGCCUUAGAAGAUGCUCCAAUGGGGAGUGAACCAACAGACUCUGCCCCCACCCCUGCACGCCCCGCCCCCAGCACCUCCUCAGCGGCUCAGGAGGAGUUACUCGUGGUGGGUCUUACUAAAGAGGUGCUGUCGGCCCACACCCAGAAGGAGGAGCAGCAAUUCGUAGAUCGUUUCCAACAUCGUGUCCUGCAGAGUCCCUACAGCUCCUACCUCCAGCAGGACAACAGCAGCAUGGCCCAUUCUCAUCACAGAGCUGAUGUUGUGCGUCCUCCAAACAAGCACAAGCGGCCCAAACCAGAAGACUCAUCCGACAGCUACGGCUCCCAGCCGGGCAAAUACUGGUCACUUCCCAGACCCACAGGAGCGCCUCAUUCCUCCUGGCCAUCCUCAGAGUCGUCUCAGCCCCCGCCAUCCAACAUCAGCUUUGUGCCGCCCAUGGCAGUGCCAAUGCAGUCGGCCCCUUACUUCACUGUGCUCGGUGCAGAUCAGCAGCCCAUGGUGGUCCAGCCUGACCAAGCUGUCCAGAACCUUCAACCCAUGCCUCCCAUGACUCCCAUGAUGGUCGUCCUGCUUCCUAACUACCCCAUGUACCCCGGCAACAAUGGCAUGUAUCCGCAGGGGAUGCCCGUCCCGGCGCCCGGAGUCGUUCCCCAGCCUCCCUUUAAUAUGGGUGGCUACAUCCCGCCUGGUUGCCACAUGCCACAUGGGUCUCCAUCUCAGGGGCAUCCUCCAGGGUCCAGCGUCACAGGAGCUGGGAUGCCACCGGGUGCCUCGGCGGAGGUCGACUCGAUACCUGCCCCUUGGUUUGGGGAAGACCUUGAUGCAGCGCAACCUACAGCACUCUUCUCCAGCUCUCGCUCCAGCUCGCCCAUCCAGCUGAACUUACUCCAGGAGGAGCUGACCAAACCCACCGAAGCCCAGAACAGCACCGGUCCAGAGAGUCUGCAUGAGCACCACGCCAAAGCGGUGGAUGCUCCCAGCGAGUCGGGUAACCAAGAUGCCCAUUUUACCUCCAGCGAAAUGCUUGACCAGUUGCUACAGGAGGACGCCCGCUCAGGAACCGGCUCCAACGCUUCAGGCAGUGGCUCCGGGGAGUCGGGAGGCUCUCUGGGCUCCGGGUCGGGACUCUGUUCUAACGAAACAUCUACCAGCCAUACCGGCAGCAGCAAUAGCAGCAAGUACUUCGCCAGCAACGAUUCGUCGGACACGUCGCGGAAAGCGCGCAAGUCCACGGAGGCCCAAGAAAGGGAGCAUACGACCUUCAAAAAGCACGUGGACAACCCGUUAUGGAGCAUGAUCAAGCAGACGCCCGAACCCGUCAUGAUGACCUAUCAGAUCAGUCCCAGGGAUCAGGCCCAGGUUCUUCAAGAAGACAGGGAGAAGCUGGUUCUGAUGCAGCCCAGGCAGCCCUGGUUCACCCAGGACCAGAAGAAGGAGCUGGCCGAGGUCCAUCCCUGGAUCCAUCAGUACACGGUCCCACAGGAGAUCAACACACAGGGUUGUGUGAGUUGUAACACCAUGGAACCGGGUGAAGAACUGAAUCUUCAGACUGACUCUCCAAACCCUCCCACUCCUGACAGCUCCUGUCCGUCAUAGGACGCUAGACCCGACACAGACACCUGACCGCAGACCCUGCUGGACCUCCAGCCCUCUGGGACUCAGUGAUUCUUCUGCUUUCAGUUGGGAAUCGUAGGAAGAGAGAGUCACCCGCAUCCGUGUGCCAGUCUCUCAUAAUUCCUCCUGAGUUCCCGAAACGAGGCAAGCACUUUGCGCUCGAUCAAACCACGUCAGAGAGAGUUUGGACACUUGCAGGAGACGGACAUUGAGUGACGGUCGUCACAUGACCAUGCAUUUCUCUCUGCUGUUCUCCGUUACAGUCCAUGGACCCAAACAGCUGUGAAUAUCAGACUAUAAUUUGGUAGUGGUGUCAUAAGAGCACUUCAUAUUUUUUUUGACUGUUGCCCGAAUGUUUAUUUUUAAGAAAGGUUUUUGUUCAUUAAUAAUGUGUCCUGUACUGAAUCUUGAAUCUUGCAGGCUCAGGAGGGUUUGUGAUCUCCCAGAAGUCCCUGUAAUGAGUUUCCUGAACACUUGCGCAGAUAUAAAUGCGUAUAAAAACAUUAGCACUCUCCGCCAAAAUCUAACAGCAUCUACGAAUGGAAAUGAAUGAUAUUUGGUCCAGAGCACAAAGUUCUUCAUUCCUUAUCAAGUUCAUCCAAUCCAAAUGAAUCAUUUGACUGAGGCCUUAAAUUAGUUUUUCUGUCAGUGUUUUCUGUUCUCAAUUUCAAAUAUUUUUUCCAAUAUACAUGUGAUUG